GGUGCCGCUGUAUGUAUCCAAGGCCUGCUUCUGAUUUUCAUACUUCUCUCCUUAGCCAAAAUCUCCUUCAUCCUAUACAACAAGGGAAAUUGGUCACAGAAACUUUCCCACGUGGAUAGCUUGGGAAGUGGAACAGAACGAUAUGUACAGAUGUUUCAAGACUUCAUCGACAGUUUCAACAAGUCCUACGCUUCUGACGAAGAAAGAACAUUCCGAUUUUCGGUUUUCGUUCAAAAUGUCAAAGAUUUUGAAGAGGAGGAACGUAAGUAUCCCGGUCUGGACCUUGACGUCACGAAAUUUGCUGAUUGGACGGAAGAGGAAAUGAUUCAGUACUUGUCCGGAAAUCUUCGAGAGCUACGAUUCGAUGGGCCGCGGUUUGAAGGCACCCCACAGCGAGAUGGUUUCAAAAGACCGGCUGAGGUAGAUUGGGCAAAAGCCGGAAAACUCACGCCCGGUUAA